UAUAAAUGUCCGGAGUGUGGGAAGUCUUUUUUGUGCGAUGAAUAUCUUAAAAGACACAAGAAGAUUCACAUAGGAAAGAAGCCUUACGAGCGUGUAGAAAAAAAGAAAAAUGAAAUGUGCUCAGAAUGUGGGAGAUGUUUCUCCCAAAGGUCACACCUAAUUCUACAUGAGAAACUUCACACUGGAGACAGGCCCUAUCAAUGCCCAGAAUGCGACAAGCGAUUUGUGGAUUCUGCUAGACUCCGGAGACACCAGAGGGGGCACACAGGAGAGAAGCCCUAUAAAUGUGGGGAGUGUGGGAAAGGUUUUCUCACAGCAACACUGCUUCAGAUUCAUGAGAGAAUCCACACAGGGGAGAAACCGUACAAAUGUGUGGAGUGUGGGAAAUGCUUUUCCCAAAAACAACACCUUGGACAGAUGCUUAAACAUCAACAAAUCCACAUUGGACAAAAACCUUAUCAGUGCCUAGAAUGUGGGAAAUGUUUUUCCAGCAAAUCAGCCCUGCGGCGACAUCAGAGAAUCCACACUGGAGAAAAACCUUAUCAAUGUCUGGAGUGUGGGAAAUGUUUUUCCAGCAAACCAGCUUUGCAGCAACAUCAGAUAGUCCACACUGGGGAAAGACCCCAUGAAUGCCCUGAAUGUGAGAAACGAUUUGGGAGUUCUUCCAGACUUCGGAGUCACCAAAAGACGCACAUGAGAGAAAAACUCUAUAAAUGUAACGAUUGUGAGAAAUGUUUUGCUCUAAAGAGAAAUCUUUUUCGACAUCAGAUAAUCCACACAGGGGAGAAACCCUAUCAGUGCAUCGAGUGUGGAAAAUUUUUUCGUACGAUAUCGCACCUCGGAUGUCAUAAGAAAAUUCACAGAGGGGAAAAAAAAUUCAAAUGUUUAGACUGUGGGAAAGCAUUUAUUCAUUCAAAUCACCUUAGAAGUCACUGGCUAGUCCAUACAGCAGAGAAGCCCCAUAAAUGUUCAGUGUGUGAGAAAUCUUUCAUUCGGAAAGACAGACUUUUGAUACAUCAGAGGACACACAGUGGAGAGAAACCACAUAAAUGUCCUGAGUGUGGGAAAUGUUUCUCCAUGAGGUCAAACCUAAUUCGACAUGAGAGACUUCACACCGGAGACAGGCCCUAUCAAUGCCCAGAAUGCGACAAGCGAUUUGUGGAGUCUGCUGAACUCCGGAGACACCAGAAGGGGCACACAGGAGAGAAGCCCUAUAAAUGUAGGGAGUGUGCGAAAUGUUUUCUCACAGCAACACUGCUUCGGGUUCAUGAGAGAAUCCACACAGGAGAGAAACCCUAUAAAUGUGGGGAGUGUGCGAAAUGUUUUUUCACAGCAACACUGCUUCGGGUUCAUGAGAGAAUCCACACAGGGGAGAAGCCGUAUAAGUGUUUGGAGUGUGGCAAAUGCUUUUCCCGGAAAGAACACCUUGGACGUCAUGAAAAGGUCCAUCAAAGAAUGAAGCCAUAAAGACAUAAAAUAUAGAAA